AUGUCGAAACAGUAUAUUGCUCAAUUAAAUAAGAAUGACGUUUUUAUUAGAGAAAAUCUCAUGGCAGAGUAUGACGCAUAUUCAGUAACCAUGUGCGCAGUCAUGUGUGGUCCAGGGUGUACGUAUUUUGGCGUCAAUUUGCACGCUAAUAAAUGUCGAGUUUAUUCGGGAUGUCAUCCGGGUAAUUUAACAGAAGUUCAAGUAGGAUGGAGGUACUUCAGUCAGGAAUCUGAAGGGAAUAAACGUCCACUGAAUUGUAAAACAUUGCUCGCUGAUGGUCAUACUUUGUCUAAUAUUUACACUAUUUAUCCCCGUAACAACCAAUGCUCUGUCGUCCUGUGUGAUAUGACCAUCAAAGGUGGAGGAUGGACGGUUAUACAGAAGCGUGUUGACGGAUCAACAGAUUUCGACAGAACUUGGAAGGAGUACAAGGAGGGAUUUGGUUCUGUUAAUUCAUCUUAUUGGUUGGGAAAUGACGUAAUUCAUAUGUUAACCAAAAACAAGCCAUCUCUGUACGUGUCAAUAACUUUGACCAAUGGAACCACUCUAUACCAACAGUACGAGGAAUUCUCCAUAACCAACGAGACAGAUAAAUACAGACUUUUCCUGAAUAGACCGACCACAGGAACACUAGGUGACAGUAUGUUUAAUACGGGGAGGUAUUACAGGGAUCUGUCUGGGAUGUAUUUUACAACCUCCGACAGGGAUAACGACAGAUUGAGUCUUGGUAACCGUGCUGUUUUAUACGGAGGAGGAGGCUUGUGGUAUAACGCCUGUCAUGACGCCAACCUCAACGGUCCCUGGUCUCCGGAACACUGGUACAACCCAUGGUUUCCUACAGUUAUGUUUAAUAAUGAGAUAAAGGAGACUUCCAUGAUGAUAAAACAUCACUGA